GAGCUGGCAGCAUUUGACUGUGGCUUGGGACGCGACGAGAGGCGCGCAGCGACUGCCCGAAGGCCGACGAUGGUCUAAGCGCCCCUCGGCCUCCCCUCCCCCGAGACUCUGCCGGGCCCUCCCCUCGCCCUCCGGACGCACGCCCCCGCCUCGUCUCCUCCGCCUCCCCGGCGCUCCUGCCCGCUUCGGCGCUCCGCUCUGCGGCCGAGGCCAGCCCCGGGGUGGCGCGGCGCCCGCCAGGAUGAGUGGCUCCUUCGAUCGCAAGCUCAGCAGCAUCCUCACCGAUAUCUCCAGCUCGCUUAGCUGCCAUGCGGGCUCCAAGGACUCGCCCACACUGCCCGAGUCUUCCGUCACUGACCUGGGCUACUACAGCGCUCCUCAGCACGACUACUACUCGGGCCAGCCCUACGGCCAGACCGUGAAUCCCUACACCUACCACCACCAGUUCAAUCUCAAUGGGCUUGCAGGCACGGGCGCCUACUCGCCCAAGUCGGAAUAUACCUACGGAGCCUCCUACCGGCAAUACGGAGCAUACCGGGAGCAGCCGCUGCCCGCCCAGGACCCAGUUUCCGUGAAGGAGGAGCCGGAAGCCGAGGUGCGCAUGGUGAACGGGAAGCCCAAGAAAGUCCGAAAGCCGCGCACGAUCUACUCCAGCUACCAGCUGGCCGCCCUGCAGCGCCGCUUCCAGAAGGCCCAGUACCUGGCGCUGCCCGAGCGCGCCGAGCUCGCCGCGCAGCUGGGCCUCACGCAGACACAGGUGAAAAUCUGGUUCCAGAACCGCCGCUCCAAAUUCAAGAAGCUCUACAAGAAUGGGGAGGUGCCCCUGGAGCACAGCCCCAACAACAGCGACUCCAUGGCCUGCAACUCACCGCCAUCGCCUGCCCUCUGGGACACCUCCUCCCACUCCACUCCGGCCCCCGCGCGCAGUCAGCUGCCCCCGCCAAUCCCGUACAGUGCCUCCCCCAGCUACCUGGAUGACCCCACCAACUCCUGGUACCACACACAGAACCUGAGUGGACCGCACUUACAGCAGCAGCCGCCUCAGCCGGCCACCCUGCACCACGCCUCCCCGGGGCCCCCGCCCAACCCUGGGGCUGUGUACUGAGCACCCACCUGGCCUGAACCUCCCACGAAGGACCCCUGGGACCAGGCAGAAGGCGCCUCCGUCCUAGCCAACACUCAGGAAUCAUCGAGGAGCACAGGAGAAAGAGCACCCCCAUUCCCCCUUCCCUUGCCCCUUCCUCCAAGGACCUAAGAGCUUCCAGAUGAAAUUUGCAUGGACCAAGGAUGUCCCCUGAAUCUCCUUCCCCCCGCCUAGACACUGGGGUACCCCUCCAGAUGUUGGGGCACUCCACUCCAGCUGGGACAGCUGUUCCCUUUCUGCUCCAGAAGACUGGAUUGGCUUUAAAUGGCCCAUCAUCUUCCAGCUUCUAAAACUUAGUCCUCGUUCCCCAGACUUGGGGAUUGGGGAGACUGUGGAGUGUUUGCGGGUCAGGCCUGGGCUGGGGCACCAGGCGCUGUGGAUUCCAGGACCUGCCAGGCCUGGUUCCUCCUAAACCACCUGUGGCUCCCCACUUCCUGAGCAUCCCCUCUGCCAAAAAGACAUUGGACAUCAUGACUGGGACUCAGGGUGGGGACCUCAGCCAGCCCCGGCCCAGCACUUCUAGCCCUCAUUUAAGAUUUGAGGGUUAAACCAAAGAAAACCCCCCAAGUGAGGGAAUCUUUUCAUAUUUGUGGCUUUAGAGGGAAGAACUCAAGGAGCCAUCUCUUCUCUCCCUCUCUGGUCAGAGAGGAGGAGUGGGUCUCUGAAGUUUCCUAAGGACCCAUUUCUUCUUCCAUGUACAGGACUUUGCACAACUUUUGUUUUAAAAGCUGUUGAAAUAUAGGAAAACAAAGGGCAUUGUUAACAGAUAGGACCAUCUCCCCUGCGCGGGCAUCUCUGCUCUGCGCCCCCCACCUCUUCCUCUCCUCCAGUAAGUUGAUAGUUUUGGCGCCAACUCCCAAAUCUCCAAGGAGACAUACCAGGCAAGACAAACCCCAAAACAUCCCCUUUCUGGUGGCCUUGGAAACAGAUGGCUCCUGCCGAGAUGGAGAAUGUCGGGUGAGGUGCACGGGGAGAAAGGGGAGGGUUAUAACUCGCUUCCUUCAGGGGUGAGGGGGUGGCUAUCUGGAGGGCUGGCGGCGCUGCCCCUCCUUGGCCCAGAUGUCCCCCCAGAGCUAACUUUCCUCCACCCCUGAUGUGGUCAAACAUCGAAGAGAAGGAGAGGUAGAAGACUGUAGCUAUAUAUAUAGUAUGUAUUUUUUUUUAAGAGCAACAGAGAAGCAGCCUCCUCCCUGCUGUGGUUUCCUAUUUAUGUGGCCCUUUCCUCUUGGAUGUACCUGCCUGUGCGUCGCAAGCUCAGAGAAACAGGGAUGUGGGCUCUGGCUGGGUUCGGGUUUGGUGGGAGGCGCAGGAGAGAGGAGAGACACGGUAGGUCUCGAAGAGUCCCACCCCAAGGGACAGGAAUGAAGCCAGCUCCCACUCCCUCCCAGCCUUCUCAUUUCUCCUUUCUUACUGGACCCAUCUUUAUAUAUAAAGUUAAUAAAAAAGACGAAAAUAA